AUGGAUGCUCUACGCCAACCUAAUCUCGAUCUUAGUAAUUCUUCACCCCUUUCAUCAAUUUACACCAAAACCCCUCAAACACCAACCUCUUCAACUUUUCCCUAUAAGUAUCGAUUAUCUUCUUCCAGUUUCAAUGGUUACCAUAGCAAGUGUAAAGUACCAACACCACCUCAAGCUUUACCCAAGGAAAAUUCGAAUGAAUCAGUUGAAUCCAAUAAGAAAUUGAUUGAUUCAAUCGCUAAAGGUUUGAUCAGGCUCGCUGCUGCAGUCUCUGUGAAUGUUGUGCAACGAACUCUCGUAGAGACUUGGGGUUUGAUCAGAGAGACUUUUGCUGAUCCAACUUUUAAUCAUCAAGACUGGGACUCGAAACUCCAGCAAACAAUGGUGGAAAUGCAUCCACUUAGAACAGCUGAUGCCGCAUACAGCAAGAUUAAAGGAAUGCUUUCUACUCUUGAAGAUCGCUUCACUCGCAUUAUCAGUUCAAAGGAAUACCAAAGUUUUAGAAUUGGAAGUGAUGGAAACGUACAAGGAGUUGGACUAUUUGUGAAUACUGAACCAGAAACCGGGCAUCUGGUUUUAUUGUCCUGUGUUGAGGGUAGCCCAGCUGCUAGAGCUGGAAUACAUGUAGGAGAUGAGUUGAUUGAAAUAAAUGGAGAGAGAGUUAAAGGGAUUAGUGGUGAAGCUGCUGCACAAAGGCUUAGAGGUUAUGUUGGGACAAGUGUUACAGUCAAAGUGCACAAUAAAUUUGUGCAUGUUCAUAUUUCUGAUCUACAUGGAAAAAAGUUGGCCAUUGACUCUAGUUUUAGAGAGGUGAAACUACCCCGGGAAUUCAUCAGACUUUCUCCUAUAUUAAGUGUCAUCAUUCCUCAUAGAACACCAAAUGGUCAUGUAUCCAAAACCGGAUAUGUAAAGCUAUUAGCCUUCUCCCAGGGUGGUUUGGUGAAGGCUGGACUUGAUGUUGCUCAAAUAUGCCUGGAUGGAGAUGAGACUCUAGUGAACACAAUAGAUAGAGAUGGGAACAUUGCUGCCAUGGCAGUGAGACAACGGCCACAUCAGAAGAAGUAUAAGCUGAGAACUGGCUGUGUUAAUGUGUCCCAUUUUCAUAAACCUGGUAACAGGGUGCACACAAAGGCUACAGCUCAAGAAACAUGUGACAGUUGGCGAAAAAGGGGAAACGAGGUUUAUAAGAGUGGAGAUUUAUCAGAAGCUGAACUGGGGAAGCAUAAAGAGGUGGUUCAACUGGAGGGGAACUUCAGUGGUGAAGAUACUAUUAGGAUUACCACCAUGAACAAGCAUGGGAAGCAUGAUUUGGAUAUUCCAGUCAUUGUCAACCCAAGAAAUGAUCCCCCAUUUAUUAAUAUCAUUGAGUUCAUCAUGUUGGAGAAUGCGACAGAAGAUGAUAUUCACUUUCCAGGUCAUAUUCACUUUCCAGUUUACAACACUGCACUUUUCAUUUAUGCUCUUACAAGAUUUGUUGUAAGUCCUUUAAUCCCAAGCCACUGA